AGCUCAGUCUCUGGCCGCCCGCGCCGCUUGGAAGCUGCCAGCACCAUGGGCUGCUGCACCGGACGCUGCUCCCUCAUCUGUCUCUGCGCGCUGCAGCUGCUCUCAGCGUUAGAGAGGCAGAUCUUUGACUUCCUUGGCUUCCAGUGGGCGCCUAUUCUUGGAAAUUUUCUUCAUAUAAUAGUUGUUAUAUUGGGUUUGUUUGGAACCAUUCAGUACAGACCUCGAUAUAUCAUGGUGUAUACAGUAUGGACUGCACUGUGGGUCACCUGGAAUGUGUUCAUUAUCUGCUUUUACCUGGAAGUGGGUGGCCUUUCUAAGCAUAAUGGCCUCGUGGUUACCCUUGUGGGUCUACCCUGCGGGGGGUGGGGGGUGGAAGGAACAACAAAUGAGAUGUCUACCCUGAGCAGCGUGGUGGUUUUCCGAACUGUUAGACCCCACUGA